CAACUGGUCAGUCGAAUCAGUACAUUAAUUUGUAAGUAAAUCAUUACUUACAGUUAAUACAUGUUGCAUAUUUCUAAAGAAAAUGUAGUAUUUUUAUUUUUUAUUUAAAUAAAUAUUUAUAUUAUUUAAUAUCAUCUAUUUAUUUGAAAUUUAUAUCUAAAAUAUAAUUUAUAAUAAUUUAAUUUUUCUCCAGAUGAAAUCAACUAUUUAUUAAGAAUUUAUGUAAAUAUUUUUAAAUUGUUUGCAAAUUAAAAAUUUAAAUAAUGAAAAUAUAUUUUAAAGAGAUAUGCAACAGUAGAAUGUAUUGAUUCGCCUGUCCUCUUGCGUUGUAAUAUCGUCAAUUGUCAUAAAAUAAAAUAAAGAAAUUCCAUAUAAACAAUAUUAACAUCAAAAUAUUUAAAAUAUUAAUUUUCAAAGAAAAAAUGUUAGUAUAUUCUAUAUGUUCAUUUAAAGAUAUGAUAAACAUUGGUCAAGAUUCUAUAUUAUUUUUUUGUAUACAUAAUCACUUUUUAAACAAUGCAUAUAUCAAAUAUUUGCUUAAAAUAAAUAUUGAGCAAUAUUUAUUAAUUUUUAUUUUCAUUUUAUUUUCAUUAUUAUUUUCAUAUGUAAUAUUGUAUGAGAUUUAAAUAAGAUGAGAUUUUAUUAAUUUAUAUUUAAAAAAAUUUUCUGUAAAUAUAUUUUUUUAAACAUAUUUCAUAAAUAUUAUUUUGAAUAUUUUAAUAAUUUCAGAUAAUUUUAAUUAUAUGAAUAAUUAACAUCAUUAAAAUUAUUUUAAUAGUUUUACCUAAUAUUAUAUAUAUUUUUUAUCAAUUACUUUAUAUUUUUAAAAUAAUUUUAAAAAUAAUAUAAUUCUAUCAAUGGUCAUAUAGAUAUGUUAUUACUUGUAAAGAGAGAUUUAUAAUAGAUAGAAUACUUGCUUAAUCACACUAUUAUAGGAAGUGUGUACAAAAAUUAGAAGCACUAUAUAUGAAAAAGAAAUACUCUAAAAUCUGUAAACUAAUUACAAACAAUAUAAACAUAUUGUUUAUGAUUUUCAAUUUUUUGUUAUUAUUUAAAUAUUAAUUUAUAAACAACAUUUUAUAUAUCUAUAUAUAUGUUAUUAUCAAUUACAAUUUCUUAUACAAAAAUAAACAACAGUAUUAACUUUAUAAUAUUUUUAAAAAAAUAAUGAAUCCAUAAAACAAAUCAGCAAAUUUAAACAUAUUAUAUUGCUAAACACAAUCAUUUUUUUAUGUACAUUUUUAUGUGCAUUUAUAUUGUAUAUAAUUUAUAUAUGCAUAUUAAGAAAAGCAUAUAUUUAAAAAUUCACUUUUGGAUAAAUUACUUUGUGUGACAAUUAUUUCUUAAUAUUUUUAAUAUAUACAUUACAUCAAAUAUAAUAAGAUAAGUCAAUUAACAUUCAGUACAAUAUUCAACAAAUAUAAUAAACAAAAUAACAAAACUUAAAGAACAAAAUUUAAAAACAUUUAAAUAUUUCUGAUAAUUAUUUAAAUUAAAACUAUUGUUGUUAUUUAUGUAUGUUAUUUAUAUUUAAAAAUUAUUAUUUAUAAUUGUUUUUUUUAAAUGCUUAUAAAAUAUAUAUUUUAAUUGUUAUAAAAUCAUAUUGAUUAAAUCCUAUUAUGUAAAUAUUAACAAUAUAGUAUGUUUGUUGAUAAUAUAUUAAUAUUAGCUCAGAAAAAAGCAAUGUAAUGUACAAAAAUAAUUAAUAAUUUAGAUUGUUAAAUUUGCAGGAAAAUAAUCAAAAAAAAAAUUUGCAUUGUUAUUAUUCUUGGUUAGAAAUAAAGAAAUAAUAUUUAUUAAUUUACAAAUAAAUUUUAAAUAAUUUUCAGAGAGAAGAAAAAAAUUUCUGAAUUAGAAAAUUAUAACAGAAUUGUUGUCAGGGUGAAUCAUAUACACUAAUGUAGAAUGUAUUAUUAUUGUUAUAAAAUUAUUAAUAAAAAAAGUAACAUAAUAAGAAUUAUAAAAAAUAUUAUAGAAUAGUUCAUUGUACUUUAAUAUUGUACUUUAUGCUAAUGAAAUUCCUAUGUACAUAUAAAUGUUUUGAUUUUUAUAUUAUGGUUUUUUUUAAAUAUUAAUUCUAGUGAAUUUUUUAAUUUAUUUUAUUACUUUUCUAUAUUAUAAUUUUAUAACAAAAUUUUAUAACAAAGGAUCAAGUUACAUACUUUUAUAUAAAAUAACGAUUUUUAUAACAAUAUACUUUAUCAACAUUCUUUAAUUAUUUUAUUAUUUAUAUCUUUUUAAUUUUAGAUAAUAGAAAACAAAUAUAAUAAAUAUAUUAUUUGGUAAAAAUGUUUCACUAUUAAAACAAAGUAUUAUAAAUACAAUGAUACAUAAUAAUUAUUAAAUAAGCUGUAUUAUUUUUUUAAGUUGCAGUUAAUGUAUACUAUUGGCUGUGAAAUAUUUUAUCGAAUAUAUGUUGUGAACUACUAAGAGAAAAUAAUUAUUCAAACUUUUACUUCAGUUAUAUCUUUAAAAAAAAUAUUUUAUUGUUUAUUCUUAAUAUUUAAAGAAAAUCUAUACAUUACUAAUAUUGUAUAUACAAUAUUGUUUUAACAACAUUUUUAAGAACAAAUAUACAUACAUAUAAAAUGUUUAAGAUACUAAAAGUAAACAAAUUACAUGCGUCUUAACUUAUAACAAACUAUUUAUUAAUCCCAAUAUUAAAUUCUUCCAAUCAUAAUGCAUUCUAUUAUCUAACCAUUUUAUCUAACCAUAUACUAUAUUUAUUUAAAAUUCAGAUGGAAAGUAAUAUUAUUUAAAAAAAAUUGCAAUUAAAUUAAACUUAUAAAAUUAAUAUCAAAUAUUCCCAUUUGAAAAUUUAAACAAUAUUCCAAUAAUAAUAUUAUAUAUUAUUAACGAAAAUUAUGUAUAUAUGAAUAUAUAUAUAUAUAUAUAUAUAUAUAUAUAUAUAUAUAUACACACGAUUAUAAACAGUAUAAUUAUAAGCUCCUCUCCAGUAUAAUUAUCAUCUGAUAGUUUAUGUUUUAUUUGUAAUAUAUUCAACUAUUGGAUAAAUAAAAAUAAAACCAUUAAAUAAAGUAGUUUUAUUUAAUUCAUAAUAUUAAUAUUAUAAUACAAUAUGCAUAAUAUUAUAAUAUUAUAUUUAUUUAACAUAUUUUAUAAUUUAAUGAAUUUAUUAAUAUUUAAUUAUAUUAAUAAAAAUAAAAUUAAUAUAUUAAAAUACACAAUAUUAUUAAUUAAUGUAAUUUAUAAAUAAUUUGUAAUAUUAUUUUUAAAUUUAUAUUGGAGUCAUUUUAUCAUUCGUUGAUAAAAUUAAUGAAAAUAUGUAAUAGCUUUAUCUGUUUGCAUAGUUUCUUUAACAUGUUUUUCAUUUUCCAAUCUUUAUUUAAUAUAUGAUAAAACUCAUGGUCAAAUAUAACCUGUAAGAAUACAAAUGUAUCGAAUAUAACGAUGAAUUAAGAAUUAAUUUAUUGUUUAUUAUAAUGAAAAUUUUGCUGUUAUAAUAAGAAAUAUUUUUUAUUAAUUGAGAAUAUAUAGAAUGGCAAAAAAUAAAAUACAAGAUAAAUUUACAAAAUUAAAAAAUAGAACUAUUAAUUCAAAAAGAGAAAGUAAAUUUAAGAUGUCUAUAUUGAAUAUUUCCAUUACAGUGUUAUGUAUUGCUAUUGCUACUUGGUUUAGUUAUAAAGGAUAUUUAGAAACAAGAGUAAAUACUCCAUAUGAUAUAAAAAAGUUAGUUACAAUCUCAGGACUGGAUAUCCCAGAUAGAUAUUGGGGUACUUAUCGAUCAGGAGUUUAUUUUGGAUUAAGAACUCGAGAUCCACAUUCUUUAAUAACAGGAUUGAUGUGGUAUUUUCCACAUUUGUUAAGGCAAGAUGGUAGUGGCCUUAGACAUUGGUGUGAACAAAAUGAUAAACUAGAUAAAUAUGCAUGGAUGGAGCAUGAUGGAAAAACAUUUGGUAUUCAAGAAAUAGUGGAUAAUUCAGCUAUUUUAACUACUACAUUUAUUAAAACAUCUGGUGGUAAACAUGGAGGAGAUUGGACAACAAGAAUUGCUGUAACUUCUAAGAAUCAGAUUCGAAAUGGUGAAGAAAUAUCAUUACUUUUUUAUACUGCCAUGGAAGAAAAUGUUAAAGGAUGGAUUAAAGUUAAUUUAAGUGAUGAAAAACUAACAAGCAUUGAGGGAAAUACCCAAAAUUUGGGUUCAUUUAGUAUAAAUCUUAAUAUGAUACAGGGAACUGUAGAAGAACACUCUUUUUUAGUAACAGUUGUCUCUGGUUCAAAUGUUUUGAAAGAAACUGUUCUUCAAAAUCUUAGAAUAGCAUCUCACAAAGGAUCAUCAAAGAAAUACAUAGUUUUAGCAGGUGAACAAAUACCAUUAUCAGCAGAUGGAAAAAAAAAGGAUGCAAACUUUAUUGCAACACAAGUAACAGGAAGAAUUCCUUUUGAAAUUGAAAUUAGUUAUGAAUCAGGUAGUUUUAUUAAUAGAGUUGACAAAUUAACUGGUCAAAAUUAUGAUCGUGCUCUAGAAAUGCACCGGCAAUUAUUCGACGAAAAAUUUGAGAAAAUCUUUAAAUUAAGAUCAAAAGGUUUCACAGAAGAAGAAAUUAAAUUUGCUAAAAUGGCAUUAUCAAAUAUGAUGGGUUCCAUAGGCUAUUUUUAUGGUAGUUCACAAGUACAAAGUCAAUAUACUAAAGGACCAGUGCCUUACUGGAAAGCACCUUUGUAUACUUCAGUACCUAGUAGAAGUUUUUUUCCAAGAGGAUUUCUAUGGGAUGAAGGUUUUCAUGGUUUACUUAUCUCAAUUUGGGAUUUAGAAAUUGAACUAGAUAUUAUAAAUCAUUGGUUUGAUUUAAUGAACAUAGAAGGUUGGAUUCCAAGAGAAAUGAUUUUGGGUCAAGAAGCUCUAGCUAAAGUUCCAGAAGAAUUUGUAACUCAAAUAAAUACAAAUGCAAAUCCACCUACGUUUUUUUUAACAUUACAUUUUAUACUUAAGCAUAAACAAGAAGAAGUAUUGAAAAAACAUUUUCAAUUUUUAUAUAAUUUGUAUCCUCGCCUUCAAGCAUGGUUUAAUUGGUUUAAUACCACACAAACUGGAGAUAUAUCAAGUACAUAUAGAUGGCGAGGUAGAGAUGGAACAACCAAUAAAGAAUUAAAUCCUAAAACACUUACAUCUGGAUUUGAUGAUUAUCCAAGAGCUUCUCAUCCAAAUAUCGAUGAACGACAUGUUGAUUUACGUUGUUGGAUUGCAUUUGCUGCUGAUAUUAUGUAUCAGAUUAGUGAAAUAUUAAAUCAUCCAAGUAAUAAAUAUCAAGAGACUUAUCACUAUUUAUCUGAUAAUGAUUUAUUAAAUAAAUUACACUUAUCGCCACAUACACAAACUUAUGCGGAUUUCGGAUUGCAUACAGAUAAAGUAUUUUUACGAAAAUCAUCUUCACCUUCAAGAUCACAUAUACAGCCAUCGGAAACAAUACGAAUUGUUAUGGAAGAUCCAACUUUAAGAUAUGUUGAUUCAUCAUUUGGAUAUGUUUCACUAUUUCCAUUUAUUUUACAAAUUAUCAAUCCUAAAUCUCCGCAAUUGGGUAAAAUAUUACAAGAUUUAAUAAAUCCUGAUCUGUUGUGGACCAAAUAUGGUUUACGAUCACUUGCAAAGAUAUCACCAUUUUACAUGAAAUAUAAUACUGAACAUGAUGCUCCUUAUUGGAGAGGAGCUAUAUGGAUGAAUUUAAAUUAUUUAACAGUGAGAGCAGCAUACUAUUAUUCCAAUAUUGAAGGACCAUAUAAAAAUGAAGCAAAAAAAAUUUAUCAAAAUUUGAGAAAAAAUUUAAUACAAAAUGUUAUAAAACAAUAUAAAAAAUCUGGAUAUAUAUGGGAAAAUUAUGGUGAUAUUCAUGGAGAAGGUAAAAAUAGUCAUCCAUUCACUGGUUGGACAUCUCUAGUUGUAUUACUUAUGGCAGAAAUUUAUUAGUUGUAUAAAUAAUUUCAUUUAUAUGUAUAUUAUUUUACUAAUAGUAAAAUUAAAAAAUAUUACUGGGGAUAUUUUAUAUAAAUCAGGACUUAUAUAAAAUAAAUAUUACUAAUGUGAAUAUUGACUAUAUUAUUGUUAUGCAUACAAAUGUGAUAAUAUCUGUAAAUUAUUAUAAUCACUUAUGAAUAUUUUUUUGUAAUAAAUAGAAAAAUAUUUUGUAACACAAAAUAUUCAUUCAUAUAUAUAUAUAUUAUAGUCAUGUAAAAUUAAUUAUCUAUGAAAUUUAAUAGUAAUUUUAAUAGUGAUCUCAAAUAAUAUUAUCAAAUUGUAUAUUUUUACAUUAUAUUUUAUAUUAAUUUUUUAAUUAUAUAUAUGAUUAUAAAUUAUUUAAGUAAGUAUUAAAAUAAAUUCUUGGUUCAUAUUUAAAUUAUGUAAGUAUAUUAUAUAAGUUUUAUAUUUUUAAAUUAUAAUAAAUAUAAUUAUAAUAAAUAUAUAAUAAUUUUAUUAAAUAUGAUUAUUGUAUUUUCUGGAAUUUAAGCAAUAAGAAAAAACAAUUUUAAAAAUAAUGUAAUCAAAUAAAUUUCUUAAAUCCUGAUUGUAAAAAAAUAAUAUAAAAUUGUAAUAUAAAUUACUUUAAAAAUAAAAAUUUUAAAAUUAAAAUUUAAA